AUGGCUUCAAUCGCUAGCAGGUCGUCCCUAUUUGAGUCUCCAUCAGUUCCUAGAUCAUCCCAGCAAUGGAAAGCCGCUCUUCACGAUGUCAAGCUUCUGUAUAUCCAGUGCCAGUACAAACAAUGUGCUGCUCGGGCUACGGAGCUGCUCGAGAAAGCUAGAGAACCUCUGCACCCCGUCUACAAGACAUACCUCUACUUCUACAGCGCAGUCUGCUAUGAGGAGAUGGGUCGAGCCGCUCAUAAGUAUUCCGGCACCAAGGUUCCACUCCUCCAAGGCGCCUUAGAUCGGUUUGACAUCUGUAGCACCGUUCUGCCCUCUCCCAUACCGGUAUCGAGCCGCUCUUCGGAGGAGCUGAACCUCCCCUCACUGGGAGAAUCCUCUUCCGCUUCUGAGUCCUCAGAAAGCCCAUCAACUGUGUCCAGUCUUGUCACCAGCAUCACAGAUAUCAUUGACCGAACCAUUCAGUGGAAAGAGGAGGAUCCGUUCAUCUCAGACAGUGAUUCCUGCCCAGAUAUAGACAGUGGCACCGUUACUAGAGUUGUCGAUGGUAGAGCAGACCAUCUGCUUGUUCCCCUUCCAUUGACACUCAGGAAGCCUUCCGAUGAAGUCCUCCGUGAUUCAGGCCACACUGCACCUCGGAACGAGAGACCGGACCGAGCUCAUUUACCUCCUCCCCUACCUAUCAAGAUUGUUCCUCGUGCAGUCACAGGAAAGUACAAGAGAACCAUGGAUUUGCCAAUAGACAAUAGAGAUACCCGACUAUGCACUGAUGACCUACUCAUUGAUUUAAACGAAAGAAAGCCUGCACCUUCGACCCCACAGUACAGUGAUUCCAUCAGGCGCUACAAUAGUAGGAUUCGAUCCCUGCAGUCUCAAAUCGAUUCGAGCAUUAACUCAAUUCAUAUGCUGAUCGAUGAAGUCGAAGAGAAGCAGCAUACCCGCAAAAUGGCCAAGUCUAUCAAGCGAUCCGCAUCUUUCUGGAGUUUCAGUCCUAUUAAAGGUGGUGAUGGAUGCUGGGAGAAGGUUGACUUUCCAAAACGGUCCCCGGGCAAAGAAACUAAGCAGGAGAGAAUCGAGCGACUACGCAGUGAAGGAUGGAAGACAGUAGGACUGCGUUGUGCAGCGCGGGGAUGGAAAGGAGGAGAGUACUAUAAGGCUUAUUGCAGCUCUGUUUUGGAUGAGCUUUAUUUGGAGUCGUGA